CUCCUUAAGUUUUGUUAUGAGACAAAUCAAUAAGAAAAUCCAUUUUUUCCAAAAGCAAUUAUGUUAUUUAUGAUUUUUUUACUAACGAUCUCAACAUUUCUGUAAAUUGAGUUAAAUUUGUGGACAAUACAAAAUUAACUUUAAUUGAAAAACCAAACAAAGGAUUAUAGUAAGAGAUUAGACGCGAAGCUCGAUCCAUUGCAGUCACUUCCCAGUUCACUGUUGAGUUUUCACAAUAAAACUCGAUCCAAACAAAAAAAGAGUACAAAAAUGCGAAGCGAUGGGAUCUUAGGAAACAGAAAUGAGCAAGUAAUAAGAGUCAAAGGCAGCACAAGUAAACGAAUAAAGUGGUUGAAGAGAAGAGAACGAUGGUUGGUAGUACUUGGCGUCAUUCUUCACGCUAUUUACAUGCUCAGCAUUUUCGAUAUAUACUUCAAAUCUCCUAUUGUUCAUGGCGUUGAUCCUGUUCCUCCUCGAUUUUCUGCCCCUGCUAAACGCCUCGUUCUACUAGUUGCUGAUGGUUUGCGUGCUGACAAGUUCUAUGAGCCUGAUGCGGAAGGGAAUUACAGAGCACCGUUUUUGAGAAGCGUAAUUAAAAAUCAAGGACGUUGGGGGGUUUCUCAUGCUCGCCCUCCUACUGAGUCGAGGCCUGGUCAUGUUUCCAUAAUUGCUGGCUUCUAUGAAGAUCCCAGUGCAGUUUUGAAAGGUUGGAAGGCUAAUCCUGUUGAGUUUGAUUCAGUGUUUAACAGAAGUCGUCAUACGAUUUCUUAUGGAAGUCCUGACAUAGUUCCAAUUUUCUGUGGUGCUUUGCAGCAUAGCACAUGGGAUACCUAUCCACACGAGUUUGAAGACUUUGCAACUGAUGCAUCGUUCCUGGACUUGUGGUCUCUUGAUCAAUUUAAAAACCUUCUUAAUCGAUCCAAUGAAGACCCAAAACUAAAGGAGUUGCUGCAGCAGGAGAAUCUUGUCGUAUUCCUGCACCUACUUGGAUGUGACUCUAAUGGUCAUGCUCAUAGGCCGUUCUCAUCUAUUUAUCUCAACAAUGUUAAAGUUGUUGACCAUGUAGCUGAAAGUGUAUAUAAUCUUGUUCAAGAUUAUUUCAAGGAUAAUCUUACAUCGUAUGUUUUCACAGCAGAUCAUGGAAUGAGUGACAAAGGAAGUCACGGAGAUGGGCAUCCUACAAACACUGAUACUCCCCUUGUUGCAUGGGGAGCUGGUGUUAAACAUCCAAUGCCAACAUCUAGCAACAACCAUUCUGAUUGCGGUUUUAGGUUUGUUGACGACCAUGUGCAUGACACGCCAACGCCAAUUGAAUGGGGCUUGCAUGGGAUUGAAAGGGUGGAUGUCAAUCAGGCUGAUAUUGCACCACUCAUGUCUACAUUACUUGGUCUUCCAUGUCCUGUUAAUUCAGUCGGUAUUCUACCACGAGAUUACAUUAACAUGACCAAGGCUGAAGAAGUUGAAGCUGUUCUAUCCAAUACAAAGGAAAUACUGAACCAGUUUCUUCGUAAAUCACAUAUAAAGCAGUCACAUUUGUUGUACUUUAAACCUUUCAAACCACUGUCUCAUUAUUCUUCAAUAUUGGACAAAAUUGAGGGUCUGAUAUUGGCUAAAGAUUACGAUGCUGCAAUGAACUUAUCCGAAAACCUUAGAAGUUUAGCAUUGCAAGGACUUCACUAUUUUCAGACUUAUGACUGGCUGAUGCUCAUGUCUGUAAUUACCCUUGGGUAUGUUGGUUGGAUGAUCUACCUUGUUCUUCACGUGCUGCAGUCUUAUACUUCACUGCCAGGAAAUGUUUUUGGAAUGGAGCGAGCAGCUGAGAGAAAUAGCCAUGGAAAAAUAUAUCUAUGUGGAUGUAUCGUGACUGGAAUGCUUUGUUUGCUAUUUUUGCUGGAGCAUUCUCCUCCUCUUUACCAUGCAUACAUGAUAAUGACAUCAUUUCUAUGGGUUCAAAUAAUUAGUGAAUACCAGUUUAUAAAGGCAUUAUGGAAACACUUAUUUGAAAGAAGAAAGAAUCAAGUUAUUAAGCUGCUUGCCACUGCUGCUGUUUCAUUUUUCAUUGCUGAGUUCUUGGUUAACAGCUUCACUGACAGGAAACUCUAUACUGGAUGUUUUUUAAUUGCUGGGGCCACAGCUUCAUUUUAUCUCUUUAAAUCAAUUCCCUGGAGAUCUGGCAUACCGAUAUAUGUCUGCAUUGCAUGUUGGUUUUUGUCUAUUUUCACAUUGAUGCCAGCAGAAAUUCCUGACAAUAAUCUAUUAGUAGUUAGUAGUGGCGCUGUUAUUAUCAUUAUAGGAAUAGCUGCAAGGUGGCUAGCUUUACAUGCUGGCAGGAGGAAGUAUUGGCUAAGUAUGUGCAAUUGUGAACUGAAAAAUCCCAAAGAUUCAAUCCUAUUUUACAUUCAGGCUUUUUUGGUCGCCUUAUCUUCGCUCAUGGUGUACUUAUCAACUUCUCACAGAACUGAAAAGCAAGAGUUGCUUGCAUUUCACCAGUUAAUAAAUUGGAGUGUUGCUGGUUUUUCCAUGGUACUCCCACUGUUUUCAGAAAAUAGCAUCUUAUCUCGGCUUACUUCCAUAUUCCUUGGCUUUGCACCUCCAUUCCUUCUUCUGUCCAUUGGAUAUGAAGCUGUAUUCUACGCUGCACUUGGUCUUGUACUUAUGGCGUGGAUACUCUUUGAAAAUACACUUUUCAACUUAAAUAUUAUGAACACAUCAUCAAGUUCCACUAAAAAUGUUACGAAUCAUCUCAUCCUUGGUUAUGAUAAUAGAUCUUUGCAGCUCUCUGAUGUGAGAAUCCCAUUGGUCUUUAUGGUUUUAUUCAACAUUGCCUUCUUUGGAACGGGAAAUUUUGCCAGUAUUGCUAGUUUUGAGAUUUCAUCUGUCUAUCGGUUCAUUACUGUCUUUAGUCCAUUUCUGAUGGCAGCGCUGCUUAUCUUCAAGUUAUUUAUACCCUUCGUACUUGUAAUAUGUGCAUUUAGUGCAAUAACCAAACUUAACCAAGUUCCAAGGAUGGGAUGCUACUUUCUUGUCAUAUUAUUCUCCGACGUGAUGACCAUUCACUUUUUCUUCCUGGUUCGGAACACCGGAAGUUGGAUGGAAAUUGGAAAUAGUAUCAGUCAUUUUGGUAUCGUGAGUGCCCAAGUUGUUUUUGUUUUGUUACUAUUUGCCCUCACAAAUACAUACACAAAAAACAUUCAAUGUAAUUCAUCAGUGCCAGCCACACGUAAGGCAAAUUAGGAUUAAUAAAAAUGAGAUAUCUUGGUUCCAAAUCAUUCUUAUCAUCAGGGAUGACGAAUAUACUCAUUUCUUGGUGGUGCCCUUGAUGGUUUUAUGACCAACCUGAUAUAUGUUUCUACCGUGGCUAACUUUCAUUUGGAAUUUCGGGUGCCGCUGAACUUGAUACAGCUGGUGUUGAAAUUUUGGAAUGUUUGCAGUUUUCAAUUUUAGCAUUCAUUCCCAAAUAUGGAAUUCAAAAAUGGGUUUUGAGGUACAAUGAUGGUGAAGAAAAAUCAAGCAAACUUUGUGCCUCGAUACAAAUUACAGAGAACCUCCAUAUCUAGGGUUUUUUUUUUUACAUACUGCAUUUGAGUUGUACACAACUGAGUAGUGGGAAAGUGCAGGUCCAGGUGAUUUCGUUGCACUUGCUUGACAUGUCCAAAUGGAAUUUCUGUUCUAUGUUAUGUAUACAGUUAAUGUAACUUUGACUUGUUUUUACUCAGCCUUAUGAGUGAGUUUAUAUGAUGAGGAAUUACUUUAUCUUUUCA